AUGUCAACCUCACGUACUGCUGGAGGCCGUCUGACGGCGCCUGUCCGAACGGCUGUUCCCGCCGCACUGCCGCGCAAGCGCCGCUUUGAGUUGAAUGACGAACAGCGGCAGGAGAUCCGCGAGGCGUUUGAACUCUUCGACUCCGACAAGAACGGUUUGAUUGACGUGCAUGAGAUGAAAGUAAGCAUGCGGGCAUUGGGCUUUGAUGCGAAGAAGGAUGAGGUGCUGCGCAUGAUGCAGGACUGCGCCGCGCGUGAUCAGCACAACCAACCGCUGAUGGAUUUAGCCGGAUUUACGGAUUUGAUGACGGAGCGGUUUGCGCAGCGGGAUCCCCGGCAGGAGAUGAUUAAAGCCUUUCAGUUGUUUGAUGAGAACAAUACAGGAAAGAUCUCACUCCGCUCACUCCGCCGGGUAGCACGGGAACUUGGCGAGAACAUGAGUGACGAUGAACUGCAGGCAAUGAUUGAUGAGUUCGACACAGACCAAGACGGAGAAAUUAACCUUGAUGAGUUUCUCGCCAUAAUGCUAGAGGAUGAAGAUUAUUGA